AUGGUUUCAAUCGAUAAUCUCCCAGAUCAGUUAGUUUGGGAGAUUUUCAACAGAAUCAAAAACACCAAUGACCGAAACUCCAUAUCUUUGACCUGCAAACGCUUCCAUAAUCUUGAUAACGAACAAAGAAACUACAUCCGCAUUGGCUGUGGAUUAAACCCAGCAAUCGAAUCUCUAACCUCUCUAUGCCACAGAUUCCCAAACCUAAACAAAAUCGAAAUCACAUACUCGGGUUGGAUGUCAAAUUUAGGCAAACAACUAGAAGACCAAGGCCUCUCCAUCCUCUCCAAAACCUGCCCUCUUUUAACCGAUCUAACCCUAAGUUACUGCACCUUCAUCACCGACACCGGCCUCAGCUACAUAUCAUCAUGCUCAAAACUUUCAUCUCUAAAACUAAACUUCACUCCAAGAAUCACCGGAUGUGGCAUCUUCUCAAUCAUAGUAACCUCCAAAAACCUCAAAACCCUUCAUUUAAUCCGCUGUUUAAACAUCACCAAUCUCGAAUGGCUUGAGUGUCUCGGAAAACUCAAAACCCUCGAAGAUCUUUCCAUCAAAAACUGUCGUGGGAUCGGUGAAGGCGCUCUUAUCAAGCUCGGGCCCACUUGGCGUAACAUAAAACGGUUACGGUUUGAAGUGGAUGCGAAUUACAGGUACAUGAAGCUUUACGAUCGGUUAGCGGUUGACAGGUGGCAUACGCAGUGGGUCCCGUGCGAUAACAUGGUGGAGGUUAAAUUAGUCAAUUGUAUAAUCAGCCCGGGGAGAGGUUUAGCUUGUAUAUUGGAUAAAUGCAAAAACUUGGAGAAGAUCCAUUUAGACAUGUGUGUAGGUGUGAGAGAUGAUGACAUAAUCAGGCUCGUGGAAAAUUCAAAAAAUCUGCGGGCCAUUUCGAUCCGGGUCCCGUCUGAUUUUUCAAUAAUGGAAAACCCGCUACGCUUCACAGACGGAAGCUUGAAAGCCAUAGCUCAAAACUGUAAACUGCUUGAAUCCGUGGCCUUAUCGUUUUCAGAUGAGCUUGUUCUUGAUCGGGUUUAUUCGUUCAACAAUGUUGGGAUGAAAGCUCUUUGUUUUGCUGAGAAUCUUGAGAUUUUAGAACUUGUGAGGUGUCAAGAGAUAAGUGAUGAAGGGAUUGAAUUUGUGGGUAGAUAUGGGAAUUUACGGGUGUUGAGGUUGACAAAGUGUUUGGGGGUUACGGAUGAUGGGUUUAAGGGGAUUGUUGGAUUGAGGAAAUUGGAAGUUCUUGUUGUCAAUGAUUGUCCUCAGGUGUCUUUAAGAGGUGUGGAAGGAGCUGCUAAAUAUGUGUCUUUUAAGCAGGAUUUGUCAUGGAUUCCUCCCCUGCUCGCCGCCGUAAGCCAUCGCCUCCCUGUGAAGCCACCACCGGCCGGAGACCGUCGCACCCCACAGAUACACCGGAGACCUUCGGCCUCUCAGCCACAGGCGGCGGACAUCGUUCUUUGA